GCAUUUCGACUUGAUCUCUGAAAGCGCGCGGAGCUGUCGUCUAUCUCCGUUUCACUUUGAAGGAAAGGCUUUAAAGCUCGUUUUGCACAGUAACCGGAAGUCGAGAGGGUGCUAUUGUUCCUUUUAUACGACCACGUAUCCAUAAGUAUCGGCUUUCUUUUCUUUUUUUCGUCUGAAUAGAUAAUCCUAAUGAUCUUAAAAUGCUGAUGAAGUUGAUACUGAUGGCAUUCUUGCCAUCAGGUAUUUUCGGAUUUGGAAAAACCGUUACAAUAGGCGGAUUGUUCGAGGAGGAUGAUUUGAGAGCAGCUGCGUUUAAGCUGUCCGUUAAUGUGUUGAAUAAUGAGAGACACGGAAACACCGAGUUGCCCAAACAGUUCAUCGAAACGCGGAUAAUUACCGUUAAUAAUGAUUCCUAUGAUGUGGCACAACACAUAUGUGACCUAGCUGACGAAGGAGUGGUAGCGAUUUUUGGUCCAAGUCACAAGAUUACCUCCAGGCAAGUGCAGAGCAUGUGCGACACGAUGGAGAUCCCUCAUAUCGAAGCGAGGUGGGAUUCUCGACAGAUACGGGGAAACGGACUGCUCAACAUGUAUCCGUAUUCUUAUACUUUGUCGGAGGUAUACCUGCAACUUGCUAAGGAUUUUGAUUGGAAGGCAUUCACGAUACUCUACGAAAGCACCGAGAACCUAAUUCGUAUGCAUGAACUUUUGAAAAUGUGGGAUCGCCGGGGAUCCACAGUUACCGUGAGGCAGUUAUCCGAAGGACCGAAUUACAGGCAAGUUCUAAAACAGAUCAAGAAGUCUGGAGACCUGAACAUAGUUCUGGACUGUUCGAUUGCCAUACUGUCAGAAGUUUUGAAACAGGCUCAACAAGUUGGCUUGAUGUCGAACAGGCACAGCUACAUUAUCGCGUCGUUGGACUUGUCGACCAUCGAUCUUGAGCCCUACCAAUAUGGCGAAACAAAUUUUACCGGAUUACGUUUGAUAAACCCCGAUGAUCCAGUGGUCAUUGAGACCUUUGACAAAAACGCACUGGAAUGGGGCGUUGACAGUCCUUCUCUGAUUUCGGUAGAGGCAGCUCUGGCUUACGACAGUGUCCAAGUAUUUGGAAGAGCCCUGAGACAGCUGGACGAAGCCGUUGUAGCUGACACGAAAUCUUUUUUAUGUCACAACGUGACUAGCUGGGAGCAUGGAUCUAGUCUGAUGAACAUCAUGAGAUCGAUUGAGACUACAGGAAUUACUGGGCUAAUAAAGUUCGACUCAUCUGGCUACCGCAGCGACUUCCAUCUUGACGUUCUGAGCCUGGAACCAAACGGCCUGGAAAAGGUUGGAUCGUGGAACAAGACGAAAGGGAUGAGUUAUCUUCCGAAGCCACUACUGCCAGAGGAAAUCAUCGAGAUCAGUCUCCGCAACAAAACGUUCAUCGUUCUCAUAGCGAUAACUCCCCCGUACGGAAUGCUUAAGAAGUCGCCGAAAAAGGAAGUUGGGAACGAUAUGUACGAGGGUUUUGGUAUCGAUAUCAUCGAUCAGCUAUCCAAACUUCUGGGCUUCAAAUACAUCUUUGAGGUCCAAACCGAUAACGUUUAUGGUUCGAAGAAUACUAUUACUGGAGAAUGGAACGGCAUGAUAAAGAAGAUCAUGGAAGACAAGGCGGACCUUGCCAUCACUGACCUCACAAUCACGGCCGAUCGUCAGGAAGCCGUAGACUUCACGAUGCCGUUCAUGAACUUGGGGAUCAGCAUUCUAUUCACGAAACCAAAGGCCGAGGGAUCCAGCCUCUUUUCUUUCUUGAUGCCAUUCUCGAAUGCAGUUUGGAUGUGUCUGCUGGGUACCUACCUCGUCGUCUCCUUGCUUUUCUUCGUCGCCGGUCGCUUGUGUCCGGCUGAAUGGAACAACCCUUAUCCCUGCAUCGAGGAACCUGAGGAACUGGAGAACCAGUUCAGUCUGAAGAACGCCUUCUGGUUCACUAUCGGUGCCAUCAUGCAGCAAGGAUCGGAAAUCGCUCCCAUAGGCAUAUCGACCCGCAUGAUGGCUGGUUUCUGGUGGUUCUUUACCCUGAUCAUAGUCUCCUCUUACACUGCUAACUUAGCGGUAUUUUUGGUUAUUGUAUCGAAGCCACAACGUAUUAAGACUGCCGCAGAUCUGCUCAAUAAUUCGUAUGGCAUAAAAUACGGAGCAAAAGUGAGUGGCUCUACCAUCGAUUUCUUUAAGACCUCGAAUGAUCCGGUCUACUCAGCGUUGAAAGAUUACAUGCUAAAAAAUCAGAAAGAAGUAAUGCCAGGCACGAAUGAUGAGGGUGUGAAUAAAGUUAUGCAUGAAAAAUACGCCUUCUUCAUGGAGUCCUCAACGAUUAAGUACGAAGCGGAAAGGAAGUGCAACCUUACCCAGAUCAAUGGUCUACUCGACGCAAAGGGCUACGGUAUAGCAAUGAAGAAGAAUUCAAAGUAUCGAAACGCACUCAGCACUGGCAUAUUGAAACUGCAAGAAAUGGGGGUCCUGAAGGAUUUGGAGGACAAAUGGUGGAAACAGAAAGGAGGAGGUGGUGCGUGUGAUGAAAAGGAAUCCUCAGAUGGUCAGCCCUUGGGUGUGGAUAACGUUGGAGGCGUCUUCGUCGUUCUGUUAGUCGGUGUAGCUUUGUCUGGAGUCUACACAGCUUGCGAACUGCUUUGGGCCGUGGGUUGCACAUCGAUAAGGGAGAACGUUUCCUUCGUGGAUGAGAUUAAGGAGGAGCUGAAGUUCGUCGUGAAGUGCAGCGCCGCGACUAAGCCGGUUAGACAAAGGAAGACUAGCUCUCGUUCUCAUGGGAGCCAUGGAAAAGGCAGCAAUGGAUCCAGCACUCCACCCUACGGCUUCAUGCCCACUGUUAUCACUACUUCAGCGGAAGACGAUUAGCGCGAUAAACGUAUGGGUACAUGGCGGAUGAACUGCGGGAUUACUAUGCAUUCACUUGAAGAGUUUAAACUGUCUAAACUGGGUCAUCACCGCAACAUUGGAAAUU